UAAAACCACUCUUCAGCCAUCUUGGAAAUCUACUGUGUUUUGUUUGUAAACAAAACACAAUACGCUAGUGCCGAAGCUCGCUCCUGAUCAGUCUGUCUCUUUCACGCUUCAAGGAAAUAAUUCCCCUUCUGCUUUCUUCCGUACUGUUUUCAUAUACCGCUCCCCUAACCAACUUAGUGACGAAACGGCCUCACCUAGUACCAUAGACCCGUCUUGAUUCACGUUAUCGAAUCAUUUGUUUUUAUAAACGUGCCAUAUCUCUCUUUCGAAGAUGAGAAAAAGCCUAGCUCCCAGUCAGAAUUCGUCAAAUUCAGUCCUCCACGACAGCUUCAAAACUCCGUUUUUGAAUUCCCACAAACGAACGAGAGAAUGUCGGGAACUAUCCAAGAAGAAUGUAGAUAACGAAUCUCCCCCUGUUAAAUUAUCCGCAUCUGAGCAUGAGCAGAUGAUUUUCAAGAUUCUCGCAAGACCCUUCAAAGUACCAAUCGCGAACUACGUCCCGGAACAUACGACAAGAUGCUUGGGUAUGAAGCGAGCGCCCCCUAGGAGGGCACUUCACGAUCCUUUUGCUUGCAACGCACUCGUUUUGUUCGUUCCAAUUGAACUGUCCGAGCAUGACAAGCUGAAAGUAGAUCAGAACAAAAUUCAGGUCCACGUUGUUGUGGAUCCAUUGCUGGGAAAUAUAUUGAGACCCCAUCAGCGCGAAGGGGUGAAAUUCAUGUACGAAUGUGUUACUGGACAGAAAGGUGAUUUUCAAGGUUGUAUCAUGGCAGAUGAGAUGGGACUUGGGAAAACGCUUCAAUGCAUUACACUUUUGUGGACCUUAUUGAGACAGGGCCCUGAAUGUAAGCCAACAAUUGGCAAAGCGAUCAUUGUGUGUCCAAGCUCAUUGGUGAAAAAUUGGUACAAAGAGUUUGGAAAAUGGCUUGGUUGCCGGAUAAAUUGUUUAGCGAUCGACGGAGGGUCCAAAGAGAAAACAACGGCAGAUCUGGAGCAGUACAUGGCAAAUCAGAGUUUACGACACGGGACUCCGGUACUGAUUAUAAGCUACGAAACAUUCCGAUUGUACUCGCAGAUACUUAAUAACUCUGAGGUCGGAGCGGUAUUAUGUGACGAAGGACAUCGUUUAAAAAACUGCGAGAAUCUAACAUAUCAGGCAUUAAUGGGACUGAAAACCAACCGAAGAGUUCUGCUCUCCGGGACACCAAUCCAAAACGAUCUCACGGAAUAUUACAGUCUUCUGAAUUUUGUUAAUCCCGGUAUGCUGGGAAGCACAAAUGAAUUCCGACGUCAAUUCGAAGCUCCAAUUCUACGAGGCCAAAAUGCUGAUUCCACGGACUCAGAGCGCGCAAAGGCCGCCGAGCGGCUCCAAGAACUAACCGCUUUGGUGAAUCAGUGUAUGAUUCGAAGAACAAGUUCGCUACUGACCAAAUAUCUUCCCGUUAAGUUCGAAAUGGUGAUUUGCGUGAAAAUAACCGAUAUUCAAAACGAACUGUACAAAUGUUUCCUUCAAUCGGAUUCAAUUCGGCGAAGUUUGUUGGAGAAGUCGGAAGUGAAGGCAAGCUUAACCGCUCUGUCCAAUAUCACAUCGCUGAAGAAGCUUUGCAAUCAUCCAGAUUUGGUUUACGAUAAGAUCCAGGAACGAGCCGAAGGAUUCGAAAACGCAUACAAAAUUCUCCCUGCUAAUUAUAGUGCGAAAGAGGUGCGGCCCGAGUUCGGAGGAAAGUUGAUGCUGUUGGAUUGUAUGUUGGCCAACAUCAAAAUGAACACUGACGACAAGAUUGUCCUGGUAUCGAAUUACACGCAAACAUUGGAUCUGUUCGAGAAACUUUGUCGGAAGCGAAGCUACGCUUACGUCCGUUUGGAUGGAUCGAUGACCAUUAAAAAGAGAGGAAAAGUUGUGGAUGAAUUCAAUAAACCUGAUUCGAAAGAGUUUAUUUUUAUGCUCAGUUCCAAAGCGGGAGGCUGUGGCCUGAAUCUUGUAGGAGCCAAUCGUUUGGUGAUGUUCGAUCCCGACUGGAAUCCUGCGAACGAUGAACAAGCGAUGGCACGAGUUUGGCGCGAUGGCCAAAAGAAACCAUGCUUCAUCUAUCGCAUGUUGGCGACUGGUACAAUCGAAGAAAAGAUCUUUCAGCGGCAAACACACAAAAAGGCUUUAUCAAAUACUGUAGUCGACAAUGAUGAAGAUGGCGAGCGACAUUUCACUAAAGACGAUCUGAAAGAUUUGUUCCGGAUUGAUGAGUCCACAAUUUCUGAUACCCAUUCAAUUUUCAAAUGUAAACGAUGUGUGAACAACGUCCAGAUUAAGCUCCCUCCGGAUGAUAGCGAUUGCACUUCGAAUCUGACCCAUUGGUACCACUGUUCCAACAAUAAAGGAAUACCGGACGAUAUACUGUCCAGAUCGUGGGAUGUAACCAACUGUAUCUCUUUCGUGUUUCAUCAUCGCUCAAACAGCGCGGUUGUGGAACAACAAAUAGCCGAGCAGAAGCGGAUGAACGCGCUGAAGGCAAAAGAAAGCGAGCGAGAGGAAGAAAACACCACUCAAAUAAAUAGAGAAGAUGAUAAAGAAAAUAUCGAUUCUUGUUCAGAUGUUGAUGAUUACGAAGACGAAGAUUUCGUUCCUUGAGCGUCAAAUCUUUAUUGUUUCAUAUUGUAUAUACCUCAUAUUAUGAUAAAAAAAAUAUAUGUAUCCUAUAUACU